AUGACCGAUGAAAAUUUACACACAACGUCAACUGCUGAUAUUCUUAACACAACCGCAACAGGUGAAAAUAAACAAAUGAGCAUAACAGGUGAAAAUAAACACAUUACCACAUCUGGCUAUACUCUAAACACAACCACAACUGAUGACAAUAUACACACAACCACAACUGAUGACACUCUACAAGCCACCGCAAUUGAUGACAAUAUACACACAGUCACAACUGAUAACACUUUACAAGCCACCGCAAUUGAUGACAAUAUACACACAGUCACAACUGAUAACACUCUACAAGCCACCGCAAUUGAUAACAAUAUACACACAGUCACAACUGAUAACAUUAUACAAGCCACCGCAAUUGAUAACAAUAUACACACAGUCACAACUGAUAACACUCUACAAGCCACCGCAACUGAUGACAAUAUACACACAAUGAUAACUGAUGAUACUCUUCACACGACCACUCCUGAUGAUACUCAACGUACGACAAAAACUGAUGAAACCCUACACACGACCAAGACUGAUGAUAUUCUACAUACGACAACAACCGAUCAUACUCUAUACACGACAGCAACUGAUGACUCUCUGCAUGCAACCACAACUGAUGAAAAUAAACACACGACCCCAACUGAUGACAUUCUACAAACGACCACAAUGGGUGAUUCUCUACAAAGGACAGUAACUGAUGACAAGUUACACGUGACCACAAUUACUGAUACUCUAUACACAACCACAACUGGGGAUACUCUACACUCGACUACAACUGAUGAUACUGUACAUGCAACAGGAACUGUUAAUACUCUUCACACGCCUAGAACUGAUAAUACUAUACGUACAACCAUAACUGAGGAUAAUGAACAAACGAUCAUAUCUGCGGGUACUCUAUACACAACCACAACUAAUGAUAAGCUACCCACGAUCAAAGACGAUGAUAUUGUAUAUACAACCGCAACUGAUGAAACUCAACACACGACCACAAGUGAUAACACUCUACAUACAACCACAACUGAUAAUACUCCAUAUAUGACCACAACUGACAAUACUAUACACAAGACACAAACUAACGAUACCCUACGCAAGAUCACAAAUGAUAAUAAGCUACAAACUACCACAACUAAUGAUACUAUGCAUACGACUACAACAAAUGAUACUCUAUACUCAACCACAACUAGUGAUAAUGUACGCAUGACAAUAACUGAUGAUACUGUAUAUAAAACCACAACUGAUAAUAUUCUACACAAAACUACAAAUCAUGAUACUCUUCAUACAACAACAACCUCUGAUACUCUACGCAUGACCACAACUAAUGAUACUCCACACACAACCACAACUGUUGAUUCUCUAUACACGACAGCAACUAGUGGUAAUGAAUAUACAACCGCGACUGAUGAUACUCAACACACGACCACAACUGCUGAUACUCUAGACACGACCACAACUAGUGAUAAUGUACAGAUGACCACAACUGAUGAUACUCAACACACGACCACAACUGCUGAUACUCUAGACACAACCACAACUAGUGAUAAUGUACAGAUGACCACAACUGAUAACACUGUACAUACAACCACAACUGAUGAUACUCAACACACAACCACAACUGUGCAAAAUAAACACAAAAACACUUUACAUACAACUGUAACCGAUGAUACUAUAUACACGACCACAACACAAAAUAUACACAAGACCACAACUAAUUACAAUGUCCACAUAACCAAUGAUAAGGAUACUCUUAAUACAAUUGCACCUGAUGUUGCUCUACACACGACCACAAUUAGCGAUCCUCUACAAACGAUUACAAUUGAUAAUAAACUACGUACAACCAAAUCUAAUGAUAAUCAACACACGACCACAACGGAUGAUACUCUACGCACGACCAAAUCAGGAAACACUUUACACACGAUCACAGCCGAUGAAAUUAACCACACGACGACCACAACCGAUCAUAAAACUAAAACUGAGGAUACUCCACACAUAAACAUAACUGCUGAUACUCUAAACACCACCUCAAUUAAUCAUGAUGUACACAUGACCACAAAUGAUGAAACGGCUACAGCUUAUUAUAUUCUACAAACGAUCACUACACCAGACAGUCCUGAAGACACCACAUCAUCACGAAGUGUUACUUCGAUCACCACAACAAACAGUCAUGAAGACACCACAUCUUCACAUCGUACUACUUCCAUUACUACAACAGACAGUUCAAAAGACACAACAACAUCAGACAAUACUCCCUACAUAACUACUACAGAAAAUAAUGCAGUCACAACAUUAUCGGAAGGUACUACCUCCAUCACAACACACAGUCCCAUAGACACCACAUCAAACAAUACCCCAUACAUCACAACUGCAGAGAGCACUGUCGAAACAAAAGCAUCUGAAGGUUAUACUUCCAUCACAACAGAGAGUCCCAUUAACACUAAAUCAAACAAUGCCCCAUACAUCACUAUUUCAGAGAGCACUGUCGAAACAACAGUUUAUGAAGGCACUGCUUCAAUCACAGCAGACAGUCAAAUAGACACCGCAACAUCAGAUAUUAUUCCUUAUAUCAAUACUACAGAUAUCACUGCAGAUACAACAUUAUUUGAUGGUACUACUUCCAUCACGACAACAAACAGUCCCAUAGACACUACAUCAGAUAAUACCCCAUACAUCACAAAUACGAAGAGAACUGUGUAUACAACAUUAUAUGUAGGUGAUACUUCCAUCACAACAGACAGUCCCAUAGACACCACAUCAAACAAUACCCCAUACAUCACAACUGCAGAGAGCACUGUCGAAACAAAAGCAUCUGAAGGUUCUACUUCCAUCACAACAGAGAGUCCCAUUAACACUAAAUCAAACAAUGCCCCAUACAUCACUACUUCAGAGAGCACUGUCGAAACAACAGUUUAUGAAGGCACUGCUUCAAUCACAGCAGACAGUCAAAUAGACACCGCAACAUCAGAUAUUAUUCCUUAUAUCAAUACUACAGAUAUCACUGCAGAUACAACAUUAUUUGAUGGUACUACUUCCAUCACGACAACAAACAGUCCCAUAGACACUACAUCAGAUAAUACCCCAUACAUCACAAAUACGAAGAGAACUGUGUAUACAACAUUAUAUGUAGGUGAUACUUCCAUCACAACAGACAGUCCCAUAGACACUACAUCAAACAAUACCCCUUACAUCACUACUACAGACAGCACUGUAGACACAACAGUAUCUGAAGGUACUACUUCCAUCACAACAGACAGUUCCAUAGACACUAUAACAUCACACAAUACCUCUUACAUCGCUACACCAGAGAUUACAGUAGACACAACAAGGUCUGAAGGUGAUACAUCCUUCACGGCAACAGACAGUUCAAAAUACACUACAUCAAGCAAUACCCCAUACAUCAUUACUACAGAGAGCAUUGACGCAACCACAAUGUCUGAAGGUUUUACUUCCAUAACAAUUGACAGUCCCAUAGACACUACAACAUCAGACAAUACCCCAUACAUAAGCACUACUGAGAGUGCUGCAGAUACAACAUUAUCUGAAGGUACUAGUUCCAUCACAAUAGAUAGUUCAAUAGACACUACAUCAAACAAUACCCCAUACAUUACUACCAUAGAGAGCACAGUCGCCACCACAAUGUCUGGUGGUUCUGCCUCAAUCACGACAACAGACAGUUCCAUAGACACUACAACAUCAGACAAUACCCCAUACAUAACCACUUCAGAGAGUGCUGUAGACACAACAGUAUCUGAAGGUACUACUUCCAUCACAACAGACAGUCACAUAGACACUACAACAUCAGACAAUAUCCCAUACAUAACCACUAGAGAAAGUGCUGUAGACACAACAGUAUCUGAAGGUACUACUUCCAUCACAACAGAUAGUCCCAUAGACACUACAUCAGAUAAUACUCCAUACAUCACUACUACAGACAGCACUGUAGCAACAACAGUAUAUGAAGGUUCUACAUCCAUCACGACAAUAGAAAGUCCCCUAGACACUAAAACGUCAGACAAUACCACUUACAUCACUACCCCAAAGAGCACUGUAGAUACAACAGUAUCUGGAGGUACUACUUCCAUCACAACAGACAGUCACAUAGACACUACAACAUCAGACAAUAUCCCAUACAUAACCACUAGAGAGAGUGCUGUAGACACAACAGUAUCUGAAGGUAUUACUUCCAUCACAACAGACAGUCGCAUAGACACUACAUCCGACAAUACACCAUACAUCACUACUACAGAGAGCACUGUCGCCACCUCAAUUUCUGAAGGUUCUACUUCCAUAACAACAUACAUUGCCACAGAUGAUAAAACUUCCAUCACAACAGACAGUUCCAUACACUCUACAACAACAGAAAAUACCUCUUACAUCACUUCUACAGAGAGCACUGCAGAUUCAACAUUACCUGAUGGUUCUACUUCAAUCACGACUACAGACAGUUCCAUAGACACUACAUCAGACAAUACCCGAUACAUCGCUACUACAGGGAUAACUGCAGCCACAACAGUAUCUGAAGGUACAACUUCCAUCACAACGGACAGUCAAGUAGACAUUAGAACAUUAGACAAUACUCCCUAUAUAACCACUACAGAGAGCACUGUAGACACAACAGUAUCUGAAGGUACUACUUCCAUCACAACAGAGAGUCCCAUAAACACUAAAUCAAACAAUGCCCCAUACAUCACUACUUCAGAGAGCACUGUCGAAACAACAGUUUAUGAAGGCACUGCUUCAAUCACAGCAGACAGUCAAAUAGACACCGCAACAUCAGAUAUUAUUCCUUAUAUCAAUACUACAGAUAUCACUGCAGAUACAACAUUAUUUGAUGGUACUACUUCCAUCACGACAACAAACAGUCCCAUAGACACUACAUCAGAUAAUACCCCAUACAUCACAAAUACGAAGAGAACUGUGUAUACAACAUUAUAUGUAGGUGAUACUUCCAUCACAACAGACAGUCCCAUAGACACUACAUCAAACAAUACCCCUUACAUCACUACUACAGACAGCACUGUAGACACAACAGUAUCUGAAGGUACUACUUCCAUCACAACAGACAGUUCCAUAGACACUAUAACAUCACACAAUACCUCUUACAUCGCUACACCAGAGAUUACAGUAGACACAACAAGGUCUGAAGGUGAUACAUCCUUCACGGCAACAGACAGUUCAAAAUACACUACAUCAAGCAAUACCCCAUACAUCAUUACUACAGAGAGCAUUGACGCAACCACAAUGUCUGAAGGUUUUACUUCCAUAACAAUUGACAGUCCCAUAGACACUACAACAUCAGACAAUACCCCAUACAUAAGCACUACUGAGAGUGCUGCAGAUACAACAUUAUCUGAAGGUACUAGUUCCAUCACAAUAGAUAGUUCAAUAGACACUACAUCAAACAAUACCCCAUACAUUACUACCAUAGAGAGCACAGUCGCCACCACAAUGUCUGGUGGUUCUGCCUCAAUCACGACAACAGACAGUUCCAUAGACACUACAACAUCAGACAAUACCCCAUACAUAACCACUUCAGAGAGUGCUGUAGACACAACAAGCACUGUAGAUACAACAGUAUCUGAAGGUACUACUUCCAUCACAACAGACAGUCACAUAGACACUACAACAUCAGACAAUAUCCCAUACAUAACCACUAGAGAAAGUGCUGUAGACACAACAGUAUCUGAAGGUACUACUUCCAUCACAACAGACAGUCGCAUAGACACUACAUCCGACAAUACACCAUACAUCACUACUACAGAGAGCACUGUCGCCACCUCAAUUUCUGAAGGUUCUACUUCCAUAACAACAGACAUUGCCAUAGACACCACAACAUCAGACAAUACCUCUUACAUAACCACUAUAGAGAGCACUGUGGAUACAACAUUAUCUGAUGAUAAAACUUCCAUCACAACAGACAGUUCCAUACACUCUACAACAACAGAAAAUACCUCUUACAUCACUUCUACAGAGAGCACUGCAGAUACAACAUUACCUGAUGGUUCUACUUCAAUCACGACUACAGACAGUUCCAUAGACACUACAUCAGACAAUACCCGAUACAUCGCUACUACAGGGAUAACUGCAGCCACAACAGUAUCUGAAGGUACAACUUCCAUCACAACGGACAGUCAAGUAGACACUAGAACAUUAGACAAUACUCCCUAUAUAACCACUACAGAGAGCACUGUAGACACAACAGUAUCUGAAGGUACUACUUCCAUCACAACAGACAGUUCAAAAUACACUACAUCAAGCAAUACCCCAUACAUCAUUACUACAGAGAGCAUUGUCGCAACCACAAUGUCUGAAGGUUUUACUUCCAUCACAACAGACAGCCCCAUAGACACUACAACAUCAGACAAUACCCCAUACAUAAGCACUACUGAGAGUGCUGCAGAUACAACAGUAUCUGAAGGUGAUACUUCCAUCACGACAACAGACAUUCCCAUACACACUAAAACAUCAGACAAUAUCACUUACAUCACUACUACACGGAGCACUGUAGACACAACAAUGUCUGAAGGUUCUACAUUCACCACAACAACAGACAGUCCCAUACACAUUACAUCAGAGAAUACCCCAUACAUCACUAGUACAGAGAGUGCCGUAGACACAACAAUGUCUGAAGGUUCUACAUCCAUCACGACAAAAGACAGUCCCAUAGACACUACAACAUCAGACAAUACUAUAACCACUACAGAAAGCACUGUAGACACAACAGUAUCUGAAGGUACUAGUUCCAUCACAAUAGAUAGUUCAAUAGACACUACAUCAAACAAUACCCCAUACAUUACUACCAUAGAGAGCACAGUCGCCACCACAAUGUCUGGUGGUUCUGCCUCAAUCACGACAACAGACACUUCCAUAGACACUACAACAUCAGACAAUACCCCAUACAUAACCACUUCAGAGAGUGCUGUAGACACAACUAUGUCCGAAGGAUCUACAUCCAUUACGACAACAGACAGUCCCAUAGACACUACAUCAGAUAAUACUCCAUACAUCACUACUACAGACAGCACUGUAGCCACAACAGUAUAUGAAGGUUCUACAUCCAUUAGGACAACAGAAAGUCCCAUAGACACUAAAACGUCAGACAAUACCACUUACAUCACUACCCCACAGAGCACUGUAGAUACAACAGUAUCUGAAGGUACUACUUCCAUCACAACAGACAGUCACAUAGACACUACAACAUCAGACAAUAUCCCAUACAUAACCACUAGAGAAAGUGCUGUAGACACAACAGUAUCUGAAGGUACUACUUCCAUCACAACAGACAGUCGCAUAGACACUACAUCCGACAAUACACCAUACAUCACUACUACAGAGAGCACUGUCGCCACCUCAAUUUCUGAAGGUUCUACUUCCAUAACAACAGACAUUGCCAUAGACACCACAACAUCAGACAAUACCUCUUACAUAACCACUAUAGAGAGCACUGUGGAUACAACAUUAUCUGAUGAUAAAACUUCCAUCACAACAGACAGUUCCAUACACUCUACAACAACAGAAAAUACCUCUUACAUCACUUCUACAGAGAGCACUGCAGAUACAACAUUACCUGAUGGUUCUACUUCAAUCACGACUACAGACAGUUCCAUAGACACUACAUCAGACAAUACCCGAUACAUCGCUACUACAGGGAUACACAACAAGAGCACUGUCGACCUCACAACACUUAUAACAACAGACAUUGCCAUAGACACCACAACAUCAGACAAUACCUCUUACAUAACCACUAUAGAGAGCACUGUGGAUACAACAUUAUCUGAUGAUAAAACUUCCAUCACAACAGACAGUUCCAUACACUCUACAACAACAGAAAAUACCUCUUACAUCACUUCUACAGAGAGCACUGCAGAUACAACAUUACCUGAUGGUUCUACUUCAAUCACGACUACAGACAGUUCCAUAGACACUACAUCAGACAAUACCCGAUACAUCGCUACUACAGGGAUAACUGCAGCCACAACAGUAUCUGAAGGUACAACUUCCAUCACAACGGACAGUCAAGUAGACACUAGAACAUUAGACAAUACUCCCUAUAUAACCACUACAGAGAGCACUGUAGACACAACAGUAUCUGAAGGUACUACUUCCAUCACAACAGACAGUUCAAAAUACACUACAUCAAGCAAUACCCCAUACAUCAUUACUACAGAGAGCAUUGUCGCAACCACAAUGUCUGAAGGUUUUACUUCCAUCACAACAGACAGCCCCAUAGACACUACAACAUCAGACAAUACCCCAUACAUAAGCACUACUGAGAGUGCUGCAGAUACAACAGUAUCUGAAGGUGAUACUUCCAUCACGACAACAGACAUUCCCAUACACACUAAAACAUCAGACAAUAUCACUUACAUCACUACUACACGGAGCACUGUAGACACAACAAUGUCUGAAGGUUCUACAUUCACCACAACAACAGACAGUCCCAUACACAUUACAUCAGAGAAUACCCCAUACAUCACUAGUACAGAGAGUGCCGUAGACACAACAAUGUCUGAAGGUUCUACAUCCAUCACGACAAAAGACAGUCCCAUAGACACUACAACAUCAGACAAUACUAUAACCACUACAGAAAGCACUGUAGACACAACAGUAUCUGAAG